AUGGCUUCAUUCAGUGACCACAGACAGUUGGCCUAUUACUUAUCUCUGCUCUGCUUCCUGCUCACCGUUGUGGUUCUGUUGCAGACUCUCUGCUUGGUUCAGAUUAUAUUGACUUCUCAGUCUCAGUCAUCUCUACAAGAAAACAAACUGCAAGAACUGACAAAGAGGCUGGAGACGCUGAACCAGUCCCAUCGCCUCCUGUUUGCCCAGUAUCCUGCUCUGAACCAGUACUGUCCCAUCAACAACUCUUCCACUGGUGAGAGAAAGUGCAGACCAUGUUUGAUUGACUGGACACUUCAAGGAGAGAAAUGUUUCUACUUCAGUGAGGAUAGAGCUGACUGGAUCAGUAGUCAGUACCUCUGCAUGUCACUGGGAGGCGCUGUGGCUACAAUCAAGACAGAGGAGGAGCAGGAGUUUCUAUUUAAAAUGGCCCAGAGCAGGAGCCAGGGAGACUCAUACUGGCUCGGUCUGAGGAGCAGCGCUGUGGACGGGAGCUGGCAGUGGAGUGAUGGCAGCCCGCUGGAGAACGGACCACAGUUUUGGGAACAUGAGCCAGACGUCACAGGAGAGAGGAAGGAGCUCUGCGGUCGACUCACACCAGGAGACAACUACAGGAAGAGCUGGUUCACCUCCAGCUGUUCUGGUCAACUGAGGAGAAUCUGUGAGCGCAGACAAGCUUCUCUGCAAUGACCAGAG